AUGCACCGCUUCCUUUGUUUGCUCCUUCUGGAGACGGCGUUCGCCUAUGUGACUGUGACAAAGUACACGAUCGGCAACAGGACGUACUACGAGAAGUUCGAGCAGCCGUGGUUCCGACACAUGCAUUACGACCACGAUCCGGUCAGUCUCUUUCUUCUCUCCGCAUUGCUCAUAGUUACGGAUUUCAGGUAAGUGUAGACGAGAAAGAGGAAUCGGCCUUCGGAAAACAUUACGUUCCCGAAGACGACGUGUUCGUCGCUCCAGAUUGGAAUGAUCGCGAGAUGAAGUACAUGGGAUGUCUGAACAGAACGUGCGUGUGCGGAUACUACAAUGGUACAGUAACCCAGUCCAGGUGCCAGCCAACCCGUAUUUUUAGGAAAUGUGAAAGAUGGAGAGUGUAUACUUCCGGGGGGAAAACUGUUAAAACGGGCGGUGCGACACGAAUUGAGAACUAUGAAGGAUGAGGACAGGCGGAUGAUCGAGGACGCGUGGAAUGCGAUGAAGAAGAGCGGAUUGUACAACAGAAUCGGGAGGGUGCACAAGUAUUCGGGCGUCCACUCGGGACCCGCGUUCACCCUUUGGCACAGGGAAUUCCUGAAAAGGUGAGAAGAGAAAAGAACGAAAAGAAAAUCACUAAUUGUCAGACUCGAAAUAGCCCUCCGCGAUCACAUGAAAAACCCGGACUUUGGUCUUCCGUUCUGGGAUUCCACGCUCGAUUCUUUGCUACCGGAGCCGAAGGACUCGAUCGUGUUCUCGGAAAUCUUCCUCGGCGAAGUGGACGAUCACGGAUUGGUGAAGAAUGGACCGUACCAUAACUGGGAGACGAUGGAGGUGAGACUGAUUCCAAAGGCCCGGAUCUGAUAGUGAUUAACUCAGGGACGUGCGCAAAUACUCCGAAACUUCGACGAAGACGAAUCUGGGGAAAUGCUGAACGACGCGAGAGUCGAUUGGCUUGUGAACAACCCGGAUAUCAACAUGAUCCUCGGCGCGUCGAUGCCUCUCAGCGUCCGUUUUCCCCGCUUCUGAAUCCUUUUCUUCCAUUUUUCCUAUUCAGACAUGCCCAAUGAACCACACUCUAGAUGCCAGGAUGCUCGAGUUCUCGCAUGAUUAUGUGCACUUUUUCGUCAGUGAGUCACUUGCUUCUCUUUCAAAAGCUUUCUGAUUUUAUUAUCGUUCUCCAGACGGUGAUAUGAGUAAAUCAUACUCCUCUUCGAAUGAUGUUUGCUUCGUUUACCAUCACGGAAUGAUUGAUUGGAUAUUCGAGCAAUGGAGACAGAAUGUGCAAAGCAGGGAGGAAAGAGAAUCUCAGUACCCAAAGAGCGACGAAAGAUGUUUUCCGUUCUGGCACAACGGAGACAACUCGAUGCCUCUUUUGCAGGUUUCGUAAAGAGUCACGAGAGUAUUCAGAUAGCAUCUUAUUUUUUCAGCCACUCAAGAAUAAGGAUGCACUGUCGAAUGGAUACACAGACUUCAUGUACGAGUACGCGCCAAGAGCGACUUGCACGAAAGAGAGGCCGGACUGUGAUUCCCCGUGAGCACAUUUUUCGUCUUCUUCCCUGAACUGCUUUCUCAGAUAUCUCUUCUGCUACAUUCCAACGAAUGACGAACAUCAUCCGAGCUGUGUGAGCAAAGUGAAACGGAACGGAGACUGUCACGGCUUCGAGGAUUACCCGAUCUGUUACUGGGGACAGUGCGUCAACGGAAAGUGCGAUGAAAGUGUGAAACCGACGAAGCCGCCGGCAGAGCAGUUUAAAAAGUUCGAGAAAAACAUAGUUCCGUUUAUUAUGUGA